AGCCUGCAGCUCAAAUCAAAAACACUGCUGCGGGUUCAGAUCAGCUUCCUUUACACAACUUCUCUCCGAGUACACUUUAACUUGCAGAUUAUUUGCAUUUGCUUUAUCGUAUGCUUUCAAGUGUUUUCGUGAUUCAUGUUGGAAUCUUUGGUUGCGUUUUUUUUGUAUUUGCAAGAGAAACAGCGAAUCUCAGGUUCCUCUUUUUUCUGCCCAGAACAUACAGAACAUAAACACAUUAUGCUAACUAGCUAACCGUCGUUAGUUGUCAGAUAUGGACGAAUGAAUUCUGCCCAUAAAUGCAGCGGAGUCCUGUGAAAGACACGGCAUUUCUCUCUCGAAAGGUGUUCCUGCCAGCAGAAGAGCCUGGAGGCCACAAUCCCCAUGAAGUACUGUGGCUCAGAGGAGAACCAGCGGCUGGAGAGGCUGUUGCGGGACAACCUGGCAAGAGAGAUGCGGCUUUGGAAAGCACCCGUUCUCAAAGGUGGAUGCAUCCAGGGGUCCGACAUUGCUCCAUCUCUGUACCAGGAGAUGGUCAUAUGGUUGCGUGAAAUGAGCGAGACGUUCAAGUUUUGUUCCGAGACGUUUGCUUUGGGAGUCUGUGUCCUUAACAGAUUGUUGGCGACAGUGAAGGCCCAGUCAAAAUACCUCAAGUGCAUGGCCAUCACCUCACUGAUACUUGCUGCAAAAAUCAAUGAGGAAGAUGAGGUGAUUGCGUCGGUUAAAGACCUGUUGGCGCAGAGCGGAUGCAACUUUUCAACAGCAGAGAUUCUUCGCAUGGAAAGGAUCAUCCUUGAUAAGCUGCACUGGGACCUCUACACCGCAACACCAGUCGACUUUGUUCACAUCUUCCACAGCCUGUUGGUGUCCGCACGUCCCCACCUAGCGCUGGCCGCCGCUCAGAAGAGGCCUUGCUUCCAAGCGUCGUUGUGGACCAGGCAGGUGCAGCACUGUAUGGCCUGCCACCAGCUUUGGCAGUUCAAGGGCUCCACAUUGGCUUUGGCCAUCAUCACUUUGGAGUUGGAGAGGCUCAUGCCCGACUGGUUCUCAUUUUUUUCCGACCUGCUGAGGAAAGCACAGAUCGAGAGCACAGAGUUCAUUUGCUGCAGGGAGACGGUGGACGAAUACCUCAGCAGUCUUGAGCUUUCCUUACCGACCAAUGCAGUGUACAUCUUACACACCACUGACCUGAAGCUCAGAGCCUACGAGGACAGUGGAGAAACAGAUAGGAGGAGAGGUGACCGGGCCAGGAAGAGGAAAGGAGGGAACCAUGGCUUGGAGGUGGACGACUUCUACGAUGGCUUUGGCUGUCUUUACAAUGAAGUCUCGCCAAUGGAAGUGGAAGUAAGUGGACCUGGGGAUCUAAAAGGUCCUCUUCAAGCUAAGGUCCUACCUUGCCCACCUCUCCAGCCCCUCCUACGCUAAUAAGCUUUGUUCCAACAGAGGCACUUUGCUUUUACUGACAUACAGUAAUCACCUUAUUCAGCACUUUUUAGAUAUAUAUGUCUUUUUUUAAUAUUACUAGCAUAUUUUAGUUGUCUUUAUUUUGUCAUUAUUCUUCUUUUGGUUUAUACUAAAGCUACUUUAUACGUCUUUAUACAAACGAUUUACAUCACGGUAUGAUGCAAAAAGUGCAGUGUGAUAUGGUCUUUUAUUUCACGGUUGAUGCCUUAUGCAGUUCUGUUAGUAUUUGCAUUUUGGGAUUGUGUAAAGUGUUUUUUUUAUGUGAUGUAUAGUGAAAGAAGUCAGUGACAUUUUUUCUUCCGAAGAAUAAGCUUUCUGUUUGGCAGCACUGAUUUACAGGCCUUGCCAGACCAGACUGUGAAGCCAGUCCAUUGUGUUGCAGAGUAGUCAUGUUACUACAUGGUUAUUAUUAUUUUAAGACCAAAAUUCUGUUUGUUUCCAAAUGUUCUCUUUAAGGCAGCUAGACAUCUAAUAUUCAGUUGUUAUUCAAAUAAAGCUGGGAACGUUUUUUUUUCUAACAAAUGACAUUUUCUUGAAUUAAAUGACUUUCUUAAAUUAAAAACUAAUGUUGUAUU